AGAUGGAUGGAAGUGAAGAGCAAGCAGCUGAAGGUAGUUUCUCUCCUUUUCUCUAACAAUGAAGAAGAUGAAAUUAACCGUAGUCGGUGUUAUAUGCUACUUACUUCUCUUAGUAGCCCCAGCUUCGGAGGCUGUGAUUCAAUGUAGUGACGUAGUUAAGUACCUGAGACCCUGUGUGAGCUACCUGGUGAAAGGCACUGGGAAGCCACCGGCAGGUUGCUGUUCUGGAGCCUCAGCUCUUGCAUCUGCCGCAACGACCACUGCUGAUAAGAGGGCUGCUUGUGACUGCAUUAAGACGGUGGCCAAGAACAUUAACCUAAAUGCCCAGGCAGCCCAGGCUCUACCUGGGAACUGUGGGAUCACUUUGCCAUUCACUGUUUCGCCUACCGUCGACUGCUCCAAGAUUGGUUGAAACUGAAAAGGGCCUACGGAUGUGUAAUAAACUACUUCCACUUAGUACGUGGGGAUGUAUGAGCUGAUCUUUUGUAAUAAGCCAUGAUCCACUUAUGUC